GAGGAAAGGCAUGAAACAUCGCAAACAUAGCACAAGCACAACAGGGUCAACAGCUCGAAGCACGCCGCUGAAGUUGCGCAGCCUGCUAUAAAGCUUCUCGCACAUUUGUUCCACUCCCACGCACUUACCAAUCCGAACAAACUCACUUACCGAACUCUGAACAAAAUCACCCAAAUUCACCCAUUUCAAUGGCUUCAUUUGCAGCUUCUCAAACUUGUUUCCUGACAACAAACCCCACUUGUUUAAAACCCAAUUCCCCUCAAAAAUCUUCCACAUUUCUUCCAUUUUCUGCCCCUCUUUCUUCCUCGUCAUCUUUCCCUGGUUGUGGGUUGGUUCAUGUUGCAUCAAACAAGAAAAAUCGUGCUUCGUUUGUAGUGACCAAUGCUGUUAGGGAGCUUGAAGGUUAUGUCACUAAAGCCCAGAGUUUCAGAUUUGCCAUUGUUGUGGCUAGGUUCAACGAAUUUGUGACAAGACGACUAAUGGAAGGAGCUCUUGACACUUUCAAGAAAUACUCUGUCAAUGAAGAUAUUGAUGUUGUUUGGGUUCCUGGUGCUUAUGAGCUAGGUGUUACUGCACAAGCACUUGGGAAAUCAGGAAAAUAUCAUGCUAUUGUUUGUCUUGGAGCUGUGGUAAAAGGUGAUACUUCACACUAUGAUGCUGUCGUUAAUUCUGCUUCCUCUGGAGUACUGUCAGCUGGAUUAAAUUCAGGAGUACCUUGUGUCUUUGGUGUCCUUACCUGUGAUAACAUGGAUCAGGCCAUAAAUCGAGCUGGCGGGAAAGCGGGUAAUAAAGGAGCCGAGUCAGCGCUAACAGCUAUUGAAAUGGCUUCGCUUUUCGAACAUCAUUUGAAGGCCUAACUUCAGUCUGAUUGAAGUAAAAGGUAGUCCCCCUGUUCAUUGAGCACUUCAAGAUUGCCUAAUUUUCUGAGAAUGAGCAUGGGGAAAGAAAGAGGGAGGGGGUUUCAGGAACUGAGAGUAUAACCUUUCGUUGUAAGAUGAAACUUAUUUCUCCCCUGAUCAAAGAUGAAUUCUUGGGCUGUUUUUUCCCCUUCCUUUUGUUUUUAUUUUGGUAAUUUUGUUGGAAUAAAUUCUUGGUAAGUUGUGAACAAGGAGCUUUGGUGCCUGAGAAUACCUGUGCAUUUUAUUCUCCCUGCAAGUGGAUCUGCUUGUCAAUGAGAAUACCAAGACAUCUUUCCAAAUGUAAUCUUUUGAUUUGUACCAGUUUUCAUUUUCGAGUCAUUUGUAUUUUUGACAGUCUUGAAAGUAAGAUAUCAGUUGAACAGACAUACAAAUGUAACCCCGCUUUAUAAAUCGUUUAUAAAAUGUGUUGAUUUGAGUAAGAAA